AUGAGGCGUCCCUACGGCCUGCCGGCGGGGGCGGGGCCCUACGAGGACAGAGCCUCCACAGUGUCUCUGGACUCUGACAGUGUCUGCUUCAGCGAGACGACGUCCAGCGACCCGCUCGACUUCUUCGUGGUCAACGUUGGGGGAAGUCGCUUCGUGCUGCCGCGGCAGCAGCUGGCGCCGCACCCGGAGACCCGGCUGGGGAGGCUGGCCCGAUGCGCCCGAGGCUCGGCGCUGGAGCUCUGCGACGACGCCGACCUCCCGGGGAACGAGUUCUUCUUCGACCGAAACUCACAGACCUUCCAGUAUGUGAUGAACUUUUACCAGACGGGUGACCUGCACGUCAGGGAGGAGCUGUGCGAGAUCUCCUUCCUGCAGGAGCUCGAGUACUGGGGCAUCGACGAGCUUUGCAUCGCCCCCUGCUGCCGCGAGCGCUUCACCCGCCGCAAGCAGCAGAAGGAGAACCUCGACGUGCGGCCCGAGUUGGAGCCCGAGGUCGGCGAUGACGACUUCGCGGGCGCCUCGUGCCCGGCUCUCCGUCGGCGCCUGUGGGACCUUCUGGAGAAACCCGAGUCGUCCCGCCCUGCUCGCACCUUCGGCUUCCUCUCGGUCUUCUUUGUGGUGGUGUCCGUCGUCAACAUGGUGCUCAUCUCGUUGGACCUGGGGGAGGGCUCAAGCGUCGCCGCGCCGCUGCUGUUCGACGCGCUGGAGCACGUGUGCGUGGCGUGGUUCACCGGCGAGCUGGCGCUUCGGUUCCUCUGCGUGAGGAACAAGUGCCACUUCGGUCGCAGUGUUCCCAACGUGAUCGACCUGCUGGCCAUCCUUCCGUUCUACGUGACGCUGGCGGUGGAGGCGCUGCGCGGAGGAUCCACGGACCUGGAGAACGUGGGCCGCGUGGUGCAGGUCCUCCGGCUCCUCCGGUCGCUCCGUCUGCUGAAGCUGGGGAGACACUCGACAGGCCUCAAGUCCCUGGGUUGGACCAUCGCUCAGUGCUACGAGGAGGUCGGCCUCCUGCUCCUCUUCCUCGGAGUCGGCAUCUCCAUAUUCGCCACGGUGGCCUUCACUCUGGAGCACGACCACCCCGCCACCACCUUCAACAGCGUGCCGGCGGCUUGGUGGUGGGCGACCACGUCCAUGACCACGGUGGGCUAUGGGGACAUCCGGCCCGACACGCCGGCGGGGAAAGUGCUCGCCUUCCUCUGCAUCCUGUCCGGGAUCCUGAUCCUGUCGCUCCCCAUCGCCAUCAUCAACGAGCGCUUCUCCGCCUGCUACGUCACGCUGAAGGCGAAGGAGGCGGCGGCAGCGCGGCAAGAUACUGAGGAGGUCGGCCCGCGGCUCGCCGGGGGAGGCGGCGUGAACGUGGGAGACGCCGACGCCCGCGGCGUCCUGGAGAUGUUGGAGCUUCGCAGGCGGCAGAGCGCACGGAGCAGCGAGGGGGAGGAACUGUGGUGGUAGGAGACACCUGACCUCUGACCCCUCAGGAAGGAAAGAGAGAUGAGACAGAAAUGAUACAAAAGAAACGUCUGUUUGAAAGCUACAAUGUUUCCCAUGAUCCUUCAUUGAUGAAUUCUUUGAUGCAAAAAGGUUCUGCAACUAUCUUCAUUACCAAUUAAUUUCAUGCAGUGCUCUCCUGUGUUUGAUAGAUCCUCCCAGACCUUCUCGACUUCUUCUUCGUUGUACAUCUGAAUGCAGGAUGUUUUAGUGAAUGUGAUGAUGUGAAUAUUAAAA